ACUGCUCAUAUGCGAGCGUUAUAAGGACUCGGUCCGCUGUCAGUGGUUCAUGUCUCCCCUGUGAUGCGGCGCUUGACGCGUGAUGUAAUUUCUCUGUACGCAUAAAUAUAGUCGUUGGGUCUAAAAAAGCGCGGCAUGACCGAGUUUUGUUUCUGAGCGGUGGUAAAGUCACUCAGGACCUGCACACUUGGACUCGAGUGUGAUUUCAGGGCACUUGCGGUAUCACAUCGAGCGCGACUUCAUGUCGCUCAACAGCUCGAGCCGCGGCUUCGCCUGUGAGUAAGCGCUUUUGCUCUGUGGAAUCUUUAUUUGGGGGGCGGCGAGGGGGGACCGUGAACACAAAAAUAGACAAAGAGCUUAUUUUUAGCGUAUUUGAACUGCUGCAGACAGUGACGCGUGCCUCCGUGUUGGUCAGGAGGAUGAGUGUUCAUUCGGCCCUCUUACCGUUACUGGUGUUGGGACUUGUGGCGAGCUCGGUGCGUUGCGCUCCCCUGCCCGUGGAGCGACGCUGGGAGACUCUUUACUCGCGCUCUUUGGCCCGGAUUCCCGGGGAGAAGCGAGAAGUUAACAGGGACAGUGAAUAUCUCACGGGCAUUAAGAGACUGCGGCGCCUCUACUGCAACGUGGGCAUUGGAUUUCAUCUCCAAGUAUUACCCGAUGGUAGGAUUACUGGGGUGCACAACGAAAACCGUUACAGUCUUCUUGAGAUAUCUCCGGUCGAGCGCGGAGUCGUGACACUGUACGGCGUCCGGAGCGAGCUAUUCGUGGCCAUGAACAGCAAGGGGAAGCUCUACGGAUCUGCGCAGUACACCGACGAGUGCAAAUUUAGAGAGACGCUCCUGGCAAACAACUACAACGCGUACGAGUCUAUGGCAUACCCGGGCAUGUACAUCGGACUGAGCAGAACAGGCAAAACAAAAAAAGGAAACCGAGUGUCAACAGCAAUGACGGUGACACAUUUCUUGCCGAGAAUCUAAACGAACAGGGGAAAAAAGUAGAGCCCGGACGAUGCACUUUCUACAAAUAUUACACACCAGGUCAAGUGUAUCGCAUUAUUACUAUCAUCAUCAUCAUCAUCAUCAUCAUCAUCAUCAUCAUCAUCAUCAUCAUCAUGUAUAUUAGCCUAUUUAUUAUCGUUCGUUUUAUAUUUCUUUUUAAACAGCCUCUUUCUAUGGGUGGAAAAACACUUUUAAUUUAUUUGUUUAUUUAUCCUUUCUGCUGCUAUCAAGUGUUUAAUAACUGAAAUUCCUACAAUUAACUACAAUAAGGAUUUUUUGCACUGUUUUUUUUUGUCAGUUUGUUUAUCUCUUUUGAAAACUUUUAAGGAGAUGAGUGGUGGAUGUUUUGUCCUCAAAACAAAUGCUUAAACUUAGACUACGUCUAAAACCGCAUAUAACUAAACCUACAGUUUAGUAUGCGUUUAGGGCAUAGCCUCAUGGUGAAGUGCAUGGCCUGUCGAAAAUGAGACGAGUUACAAUUUAGGACCACGGAGGAAGUCAUCAGUAUGACUUAUUUUUAAAAUUACAGUUGGCUAUGAAUUGUGGUGCUGCGGCUAGGUGUAGUCUUAUUAAUGAUUUUUUGCAAAGACAAAGCAAAUCAUUGUGGUGAAACCUUACAGCAGCCACUGUUUCAGAAAUAAAUGUACCAAGCUAUACUUAUCCUUGUCGCAUUUGUACCUUUAGUAUGUAUCUUUUACCUGGGAAAGUGCAUGAGGUUUACCUUUAAUUAUUCUUCAAAGGAAAGAUACAUCACUCCUUAAAGUCCAAUUAUAUACCUUAAAACAUGCUUAAAGGUAUAGCAAUACAUAUUGGUACCACUCCAGUGACAAACAAAAGAUUAGUUUGGUCCCAUUGUUUCUGAAAUUAUAUUUUAUAUUUCAGUCAGCUCGUAGAUAAUUUCAUAUAAGUUACUUGAACAUGCUCCAAGUCAUAUUCCUGACUUCCAAAGUGGCCUAUGUGAAUUGCAGGAUUAGCAUGAACACAGGAUUAGCUCAAGUUUCUUGACUUGUGAUAUUGUACCAACCCCAGUGGUAUUACGCACUGAAGCUAUUGUCCAAUGUCCGAGCUCUGGGGGUCUAACUGAAACAGUAUCAGCUUACUCUCGGCCACUGAAAGUGGGCUGUUGAAGUUCUACACCCCUCAAAUCUGUUUUUAGCUCUGCUCCAGUAGGGUGGGGUGUGGGCGUCUUGUGGGAUGGGGGUUAUCUGAACUCUGAACUUAUCUGCUGUCAAUCUUUGUCAGAUCUAUAGAGGAACAUAUCUUCAAGUAAAAUCCAGACCACUUCAUUCAAAUGAAAUUUACUUCAGUUUUCCCUGUGGUACAAAUGGGCCAUGGUGGUGUUCAGGGAAGCGUUAUAAAUGAAAGAAACUGCAACUCAGUGUUCAUAUACUGUAUACUGAUAAAAGAACAUGAGAUGUAUAGAAAAUUGAGCCAUUGAGUUGAACACUUAAUCUUUAAAACUCAAUCAUCAUAGACCCCUAGACAGACAGUUUUCUUGUGUCCGACCUUACUUGUACCACUUAUUCAGAGUUCUUGAUUUCUUGGUAGAGGUGUGUUCAGGUCUGGGAUAAAGCACAAAUACAGGAAUAGUCAGGUUGAGAAACACUAUUCAUAUUCAUCUUUUUUCAUUUGUUUGUUUUUGUGGUUUAUUGAUUUAUUUAUUAUUUUAUAUGUUUAAAGGAGACAUAUGUCCCUUUCAGUCAUCCUCUACCUCAUAACGUUGUUGACUGACAGACUCCUCUUCCCAGUUUUGCUGACAGCAAAUGUUCUUCCUGUUGCUGCAUCUCCCCUCGGCUGAAGUCCUGGAAGGCCACUAGCUGCGCCUUGUCACGUUUGAGCUAUCUUUAACCUGUGAUUUACUUUUAGAAAUGAUAAUCAUGGUGGAAAUAUCUGAAGACAGCUGUGAGACUGCACUAUAUGCUUGACCGGUAACCCUAUAUUUUACUGUAUAUACAUUUUUUGUUAAAUAGAAAAUUGCUUAAUUGGUGAAAUGCCGAGUGGCUGCUUUUUAAGUUGGGUGUUUCAGGAGAAGUACGCUUACUGCUAUAAACAGAAAAAGGGUUAAUCAAAUCCAUUUAGGACUGACAGAAAUGAUCUCAAGUGAAGCAUUCCUUUUUAAUAUAUUUGUUUGUCAUAGGUACAAAAUUAAAUUAGCAUGAAAAUGAUUUGAGAUUGUUCUUUAAUUAAUUAAAGUCACAUGUUUUGUGUUACAUAGCGAAUAUGGACAGGGAUAUGUAGAUGAGUGGAUUGAUAGGGGUGGAUGUGACUGGUGAAUAGGUUCAAAUGUCAGUGAAAAUCUCUUGCUAGACUGCCUCAAGAACGAAAGUCUGUAUCAGAUAUCACAGCCAUAUUGAGAAAUUUUGAUGAAGACGCAGAGAAAUCUGUAUUACAGUAUUUGUUAAAAUCCACUGCAUUGUAUAAUUCCUCUGCAUUACUAAUGGUCAUGUUUAUAUUCUUCCUAACUCUGUAGAAUUAUACAUUUUAUAUGAUUUACCUGAAAUGUUGCGUCAGAGGAGCCAUUUCCCUCUCCAUACUUCUUCUUUCCUAGAGCCGUGUCAAACCUCUCUCCAAAUGGAGCUGUUUUGCAUCAUUGUGGAUAUUGUUUACAAUUGGCUGGAUGCUCAGUGAAGGCAAAUAGCUUCUCUGACCCUCAUCAUGAUCUGGAACAGAUACAAAUCACCCGGACUAAAUUUGCUUAACCAAAAGCGUGCAGUAACAACAAGCACAGUCGUGAACUCCGACAAUGCAUGAACAGAAAUGCAACAUUGCCUAAUUUAAUCAGCCACUCCACAACCACCUCUAGUAGCCUAAUGUCCAUUUUUAUGAUUUGUCCUUAAAAAAAUAUAUGAACAGUAUGAACAUAAACUAUUCAUUUUUAUUUUUGACAAUUCCUUUAUGGCCAUUUCUCCGCAUCUCUGGUGAAGCUGUUAGACGGUCUGUCUGAGUCCCGUGGUGGUGUGCUCUGAACUUUGUUGUAACAUUUACCAAAUAUUGUCUGUAGUUUUAUACAGUUCCUGUUCAACAUUGUGAUGUAUGUGCUGUGCACAUGACAAUACCCUAACUUAAGUGGAAGUUAAUAAAGCUCAAAACAAAAAAGAGCUGUGUGCUUUUAAUGCCUCCCUUUUAAAGAAAAAGCAGGGCUGAACAGAAGCAGGGUUUGACCCGUGUCCACAAACCACAUCCACAGCUGGCAUGCUGUAGCAUCAUCUUAACCAGGCAUCAAUAGACCAUAGUCACAUAAAACAUUAGCAAGAAUAGGUCACUUUGGAGUUUAAGUAUAGAAAAAAAAAGUUUGCUGGUGAGCCUAAAAAUAUGCUUACAGACACUGCUAGACUAUGCGUGGGCAGCAUUUCUGCAGGGACAGCAAUGCCAAGUCACUGUCUUGCCUUUGUUUACUUCGUCCAGGGCCUGGUUUGCAGAUUGGGUGGCUUUUAAAGGCCGAACGGUUACUCCCAAGAGUGUAAUCCUCCCCCUUUAGUUCAGUAAGCUUCAUGCAGUAGACGCCUGGGAGGGUGCAGGAGGGAAAGAGACUCUGCCCUUCCAGGCAUGCACUUCCCUGAAAGCAGAGCUGGAGAAGGCUCUUCCUUAUUCCUUAUUCUGAGUGUUGACUAAUGAAGUUUUUUCUAGUCUUUUACAGCAAAUUUACUUACUUUGUAUCAUAGAUUAAUUCUUAAAACGCUCAGUUUAUCACAAAACACCACCCGCUAAGUCCAAAACAGUUUACUAAGCACAAUGCAGAUGACAUUUACAAAUCAAUUUUCUCCCUGAUUGAAGUCAUUUUGGCACGGGAGCAUAUAAGCUGUCAGGCUUGACUCUAUUUACAAAGAUCAGCAUAUAGAAAUCCCUGCAAAGCUCCACAGUCUUGCUGUCAUUUUAAUGUUAGCACUUGCUACUAAAUGGACAACAGAAAUAGAUCUUUGGUCAACAGGACUCUGAUAUUGGACUUGAAUGUCUACAGAAGCCUGAAAACCAUUUGACUGUUUAAAUCUGAAAUAAUUGAGGUCAUAGUGGAAGUGUAGUUAUAAAGGCACACGUUAAUAAAAAAGUACAUCAUGGCUGCUUAUUUCUAAGAAAAAAGUACAUCACAGAUUCAUUAACAUUUUCAUCAUCCAUGUCUAGCAACAGAAAUGACUUUAAAAAGUUUCUUUUGAUAGUGUCGGCGAAUCCAAAGCAUCCGCAAACUUCUAUUCAAAUAAACAUCAUGCCACAACAAAAGAGCAGGCAAACAGAGACAGGUGUGGUCACUUAAUACACAACACAAGUAUUCCUGGCCAUGAGCUGGAGCUAAAUGGAGCUCUGUCAUUGCCUGAAAGAAUGACAGCUUUCUGCUCCAAUAAACAGAAUGUAUGAGGGUUGUAAAGGCCCCCCUUAAAAUAGCUGCCCUAUUCCACCUACCUGCGUCAGCUCCGUCGUCUGUCAACCAAAUAAACAUUCAACCGCCUCUCAAGUGCCUCUUCUCCACUAAACAGUUUGGCCCUGAAACUGCCUUUAUAUCACAACAAGCCUUUCAAGUUCCCCAGCACAAAGACUUCACAGGGUACCCCAAUGGCCGAAACAGCUCACAACGAUGCGUUUGCUAACAGGAAGUGCAUUGGCUGCUAAUUGACCGAUCAGUGAUUGGUACUCCUGGAGACCAGGCAGAUGUUUGGGAAAUGGAGCUGCUAGUGCUAAGCUACAGUAACUUGAAUAUACACAGCAUCUACUGUAACAAAAUAUGGCACAUAUUCUUAAGGGGAUAGUAAUAUUAGAUUAUAAAUGAGAUAUUUGAAAGUAUUUAGUCAGAGCACUAGUAGACGUAGACGAAGUUUUUCAGCCUUUAUAUCAAGAAAUAAAAAGUGUUAUAAAUAAGCCGUUGAUUUGUUGACUCCAUAGUAAAAUCAGUGCAUACUAUUAGAACUGAACAUUCAAAUUUCUUUUAACCAAUGAAUCCGAUGAUCUUUGUUUUAGGUUUUAAUUUAUAUUUAGCCAUCAGGAAACAAAAGAGGCUUUUUUAUUGGUUGUUUAUUUAUUUGUACAAAACUGUCAUAUGAUCUUUAAUUGUAGCUGUGAAAUUAAACAUUUUUAAUGAUAUAUGGUAUGUCUGUGGAUAAUUCUGUUUCCUGCCUGAAACCAUUUUGUGCCGUUGAAAUGAAACGUAAUGAUGGGGGCUUCUCAUGUAGGUUUCAGUCUCCACCUGUGGGAUUAAUCUGUGGGUUAAUUACUGGACCGGUUUCCCAUUCUGCAUCAUUUCCGAUGUUAAGAUAAAAAUAGGGAUGAUAUGAAUGCAGAAGAAGCAGCCAUUGU